AUGGCUUUCCUUCCUUCCUGGGCUUGUGUAAUAGUUGGUUGUUUUUUUGCUUCUUUAGCAGAAGCUUCCAAUUUCUCAGAUCUAUAUCCCCCUUUGUGGGAGGAGAGCCCUGGUCAGUUUGCUGACUACAGUGUGGAAAAUGGAAAGUACAUCAUUAACCCCUGGAAUUACCUUGAGAGAAUGGGGAUAUAUAAAAUCUUAUUGAACCAGACGGCUGGAUAUUUUGCAAAAUUGGCACCAGAAAAUGAACUAAAUGUUUUAUGGGGAUUGCCUCUGCAGUAUGGCUGGCAAUAUAGUUCAGGCAGAUUAGCUGAUCCCAGCCAAAAGACAAACUGUGGCUACAAACCUGGAGGUGAUCUGUGCGUCUCUGUGGACAGUUGGUGGGCUGAUAUGAAUUAUUUUCUGAGUGCAUUGCCCUUCCUUGCUGCUGUUGAUUCUGGCAUAAUGGGGAUAUCAUCAGACCAAGUUGUGCUUUUACCCCCACCCAAAGAUCAGAUGGAGUUUUGUUAUGAUGUUUCUACCUGUCAUUCAUCAUUCCCUGAGACAAUGAGCAAGUGGAAUGCCUUUUACCAGUAUUUACAGUCACCUUUUUGUAACUUUGAUAAUAUAUUGAAGUACUUAUGGGCUGCACAUACCUCAAGCCUGGAAGAUGCUGUCAAAAAGUUUGAAGAUAGAUAUGAGUAUUAUUCUAAACCAGAAGCAGACUUCGAGAGAAGUUGGUAUACAACUGUGGAAUAUUUAGCUGCAUUGCUCUUUCCUACAACCUUGUUUAUAGUGCAUGACUUCCAGAAGGUCCUGCCACCACGAAUCCUUGCUGCUACUGAUGUGGCCCCCUACAUCAGUAACUUUACUGAUUUGCAGAAUACAGUCCUGUUUGGUAUAAAUAUUCUUUAUGAUGUGAAUAAAUAUACAGAUUCAGCAUUUUUGACUGCAUGGAAAAUUUUAAUGAAGACAGCAGAUACAAGAGCGCUAACUCUAGAGGUUUUUGAAAUAAUUCUUAAUAUGUUUAAUUAA